GAGAGAGAGAGAGAGAGAGAGAGAGAGAGAGAGAGAGAGAGAGAGCAAGAAGGUGAAUCUGCUGACAUUAUCUUCUGGCUUGGUGUCAAACCGCACACUACUGCAGCAGCAGGGAGUUUGCUGGCUUUUAACCUGAAGCACUGAAGCCUGAGGAGCUUUAACCAUGUCCUCUACCCGAGCUCUGGAGGCAGUGAACAUCCCGUGGAGGAACAAUAACUUCAGCCUGCUGAGUAAAGAUGCACCGCUGUCUGACCAGGGCGACACAAUCAUCGGGGUUUACCUGCUGCUGCUUGGCUGGCUGUCAUGGUUUGGAAACAGUAUAGUGAUCUUUGUCUUGUUCAAGCAGAGGGCGACUCUUCAAUCCACAGAUUACCUAACACUUAACCUGGCGAUAUCAGACGCCAGCAUCUCAGUGUUCGGAUACUCCCGCGGCAUCCUCGAGAUCUUUAAUGUGUUCCAGGAUAACGGCUACAUCAUCACUUCAGUGUGGACCUGUCAGGUGGAUGGCUUCUUUACUCUCCUCUUUGGCCUUGGCAGCAUUACCACACUAAGUGCAAUCAGUGUCACCCGAUACAUAAAGGGAUGUCACCCAAACAAAGCUCACUGUAUCACAAACACCACUGUAGGCCUGAGUAUCAUGUUCAUAUGGAUUUCAGCUGUAUUCUGGUCUACAGCUCCACUGCUGGGAUGGGGAAGUUACACAGAUCGUGGGUAUGGUACCUGUGAGAUUGACUGGGCAAAAGCAAAUCACUCCACCAUCCACAAAUCUUACAUCAUCACCAUCCUGAUCCUCUGUUUCUUUGUUCCUGUCUUAAUUAUGCUGUUCUGCUACAUGUCCAUAAUCAACACUGUGAAGAAGGGCAAUGCUAUGUCAGCAGAUAGAGGCUUGACUGACCAUCAAAGAAAGAUUGAGAGAGAUGUCACCAUAGUUUCAAUAGUCAUCUGCACAGCGUUCGUCCUGGCUUGGUCUCCAUAUGCCGUAGUGUCAAUUUGGUCAGCCUGUGGCUUCCAUGUACCCAGUCUGACAAGCAUCUUCACUCGGCUCUUUGCCAAGUCUGCAAGCUUUUACAACCCACUCAUCUACUUUGGGCUCAGCUCCAAAUUUCGUAAAGAUGUUGCUGUGCUGCUGCCCUGCACCCAGAAUCGCAAUGAUGCAGUCAAACUCAAACGUUACACACAUAUGAAGGCCAAAGGAAACGAACAUCACAGGUACAGAGCUGAGGAAAAGGAUGUGUGUUUUCCUGUUUACCAACAGGCCAAGGAUAAGCCCCAUGUAGGAGGAGGGCUUGGUAACACUGUACCCGCCCCUGACUCCGGUGUAUGCGGCCACUCCCACACUCCUCCACUCAACAAGCAGGUGCAUUUCAUUCAAUUGCCCCAAACAUCUGAAUCCCCAGAUUAUGAGUCUGACAGACUGUAGAAUGCAGUAAAUCAAUCUGUAAAUAUUCUUUCAAACAAACAAACUUGAGUAGAACUGAAAGGCUAUUUUUGUAUAAAUAUGUACUGAAUGCAAUAAAAUGAAAAGUUUUGAAGAUGUUUCUUUUAACCUUCUCAUCCAUAUGUACCUAUACACUGUAUACCCACAAUGCAAUCUAAUCACCUGUGGAUAGUGGUGCCAGUGGGAAGCCUUCGCUUCAGCUUUACCUGAAGAAAGUGAUGCAGCAGAGCUUUAUUCCUCAAAUCCCAUUUCUCACCUUCUUCUCUGUACUUUUAUCAUUAUCCAUAGUCUACAACAACAGGCUAGUCUUCUAAUUUGUAGAAUACAAAAGCCAAUAUUUCUCAGUAUGUGAUACACUGCAGUUUGGACAUUUGAGCAGUUAUACUACGCCAAUACUGCAUUUCCAUUUCACUGAUUUUACUAGAAAACCUAGAGUGAGAAGGGGGGGUGUCAUGUUUUUACACUUAUUAUUGGUUCCAAUCAGCCACUGCGAUCCCCGGUCAGGGAACCAACUCCAGCCACUCUUAGUGAUGGUCCCAAGCCCGGAUAAAUGGGGAGGGUUGCGUUAGGAAGAGCAUCCAGCAUAAAAACAUGUGCCAAAUCAAACAUGCGGAUGAUCCGCUGCGGCGACCCCUAAUGGGAGAAGCUGAAAGAAAGUUUAUUGGUUCCAAUCAGCAACAACCUACAGAGGUGACAUUCACUGCUUUUGCACAGUCUGUUGGCUAACCACAGCUCAGAACAUUUUUCUGCUAGAAGUUAGCCAUUAAAGGAUUAAAGUAAUUUUCAACUGCAUAUUGUUUGGAAUUUUGUCUGUAUAUAGGGAAAUGAACUUAAAAUAGACAGAGUACUGCUGACGAUGCUAAGCUGGUUAAACAGCAAAUCAAAUUUUAAGAUGGUUGACAGUGUGGACACAGUUACAACUGUGU